UUGAUCGUCCCCAUUAAUCAAUCCCAUUAUAAAUAACACCUUGGAUUCCUCCAUAGCUGUAAACUCCAUUGCUUGAAGAACUACUUGACCAUCCCUUCCGUGCUUAAUUCGCGAGAGACAGUUUUCACAGACAUGGAAGGACGUGCGCAUGCACACAGAUCACUCUUGUUGGUGUUUUCCCUGCUUCUUUUAAUCACUUUCUCUGGUGUAGCCGAGGCUUAUGGUAACGCAAAGCUGCGUCCUUCAGAUUGCAAACCCAAGUGCACGUAUCGUUGCUCGGCGACAUCACACAAGAAGCCGUGCAUGUUCUUCUGCCUCAAGUGCUGCUCCAAGUGCCUGUGUGUUCCUCCCGGCACUUAUGGCAACAAGCAAGUGUGCCCUUGCUACAAUAGCUGGAAGACCAAGGAAGGAGGACCCAAAUGCCCUUAAUUUAAUUACUUAAUAUUCUUUCCUAGCUCGUUAAAUUGUACUAAUAAGCCUGCCAUACAUGCUAUGCUUCUGUAGCAUUUCUGGCAGCAAUUAUAUAUCCCUUAAUUAGGACUAGAUCAUAAUAUAUACUAUAUAUAUAUAUGUGUGUGGGUGCCUGUACGCUAGCUGGUGCUGGUGCUGGUGCUGGUGCCAUGUCUUUUGUAUCCAGAAAUUAUGGUUAGUUAUAAAUAGAAAUAUUGCAUCAAUUAUAUUAUG